UUAUUCAGGUGGCAGACUCCACUUGGCGACUCAAGUCUCCCAUCCCAACUCAGACUCUUUGCUUUGCAAUUGCCACAAUACCGCACGUCUCCCUAGGAACCUGGAAAUUCCCCAUUGUCUCGGCCGCCAUCCGGCGACGCCACGAAUUCCAGUCGCCCAACCUCGAGAGGAAACAUGCUCGAACCCCAAUAUCGCCGGAGCCAGGCGCCGCUCGAUCCCUCCAACAACCCAAUCUAUACCCACAGCCGGACGCGGACGACUUCCUCCAACACGUUUCCUGACCCGAUUCAAGCAGCGCAACCCCCAGUCCACUACCAACAGCCAGCCGGCUACCAUAUGCCAGCCGGGUACAAUACGCCGAUGCAGAUGCACCUGGUGCAGCCGCAAGGUAUACAUCAGCGCCGAUCACCGUCUGUAAACACGUUUAGCACCGUGUCCAGCGCCGGUGGCGGAAUGCCACCCCCAGCGGCUUACCGCACAUCCCCGACGACUGACCUGCGGAGGUCAACGUCAAGCCGCUCGGGCGGCGUUCCCGGCUCCCCGCAACCCACGAGCUACAUCGCCCUGCUCAGGAAGCAGAAAGGUACCGCCUGGUGCGACCGCGCCCAAUACGAAGAUCCGCGGCUGCAGGCUCAGCAGCGGGCAGCCAAGAUGCGGGCGAACCUCGAGGCGGUGGGCGCCGGGACUGGCAGCGCACUCGGCAUGGGCUCGGCAGCAGUCUCGGGUCGCACGUCGACGGGGCUGAGCUCGGCCGGCGGCAAGGUCGCUGCCAAGAUCCGGCAUCACGGAAAACCCGCCGUAGUGGGCUACGCACCGGAUAACAACUACGUCAGCGGCGGCGUCCCCUUGCGCCUGAGCGCAACCGAGGUCGAGGGCGGGGAUAGCGACGAGGACGACGUGGUCAUGCAGCGACUGCAUCACCGGCGGACCGGAAGUUCCGGGAGGAGUAGCACUGCCAGCGGGAGGAGGACCUUGGCCUACCGCUCGUCCGGGGGUCUAGGGCCUCUCAAUUCCCAAGGCGGCAGCAGGCGGUGGAGUCCCGGCGACACCCCGGAGCGUACUGACUCCUUGGUCGAGGGGAAGGAGGAGCUGAUGCUUGCUGGCGACGACUCGGCGAGCGGGAGGGCAAGGAGCGUCGAGAGCGGUAGCAGCAAGGAGCGGCUCGACAACGUCCCCGACCUGGCCGGCAAUGCGGCACGCCUGGCUACCAACAGCUUGAUGAACGCAACCAUAACGAGGGAGAAGAGCGUCAAGAACCCCGAGGAUCUAAGGAGACGAGGCAGCGUGGACGAGCGGACCAUGACCCUUACUUCCGGGCGGCUUUUCAUCGCCAACCCCGACUAAGGCGGAAAAGCGGCGUAUCACACCAGGAUAGCGAGCAUCGGAAUUUACUACAGCAUGGGCAAAGCCCAAUGUCGGUCGUUGAAAUUUCCUUUAGUUUGC